CCAUGCUGGGCCUGCUUACGUCAUUGGGCAUCGCCCUGUGGAUCAGCAUCGGAAGCCUGGUUAAUCCGGCCACGUACCCGUCGCCGCCGCUCUCAGUGGAUGGCUGCCCCGUGCUGUACCGAAACACCACCAACUGCUCCGAGCCAUACGUGCACCCAACGAUUACCAACGAAGACGUCGGUGACGACGUCUACUCGAUGUCUUACCUGUGGCAAACGAUGGUGGCGUUCCUCAUAAGCUUCGUGGUUGGCAUUCCUGCCAGCUUCUAUGCAACUGCAAACGAUCCCAAGAAAAUGAACCCUAGACUGAUUUGCCCCAUCGUGGACAUCCUAUUCCCGUACGUUCCAGACCGAUACAGAAGGCCGUUCAGGUUCAAGCUGGGAGAGGAAUAUGUCGACCCUCAGCUUCAGCAUCGUAGAAGUCUGUCACAGCAAAGCGCCAAGAUGGCCGUCCCACCCAUCGAGCGCGAUCCCAAGAUCCUGGGCCAGAACGUGUCCUACAUCCAGGCGCUCACGGAUAAGCUCUUCCCGAACGCAGCCUUACGUCCCGUGGAGCCUCUGCGCUAUGACUCGACGUUUUCUACUAGCUCACCGUUCCCGCCUCCAACCGAUGUCGUGUUCCAGCCGCAGUCAUUUGUGCCUCCCGUCCCACGAAGAAGGCACUCUAGUUAUCGUGGCAGCAGGGACGAGUCGUCCAAGAUGUAGGACCACCCUCACGUUUUCUGACUUUUGAGAGAGAAUAAGGGGCAGUCAAGCGACUUGAAACUUCGCAGAAAGCUGUCCUUGGAGUGCGGAGCCACCACCAGCUGCGAAGAAAACAAUAGCGGUCGGUCGUGACGGUGGUGGGUCAUAGACUAGUAUGACAAUGGUUAUCACUGGCAAGAAAUUGCAUCGUUUAUUGAUGUUCCGGGUGCGUCGAAAGAUGUGACCUGCAAGCUUGUCAAAUGAUAGCUGUUUCCUAAAGCGCACGACGCAUGUCGAACGAACUGCUUUAGGCAUCGCCAUAAAACACAAUUUACAACCCGAGAAAGCAAAUCAAGUCGAAAGCGUAAGAAAAGGACGAUUCUUCGGUUUUACUGUUUGACCACCAGACACUGUGCGCCCGAUCGAUUUGUGUGAUCUCAAACAAAAUAAAAUUUUCCACCCAAAACGCAA